GGUCGUGGCUCUAACGCUCAUAUAAGACAGACAGUGACUUUGGGAGGCAGAACAUGUUCCUGUCGUGGCAUGGCUGAUCCAGGACCCAGAACAAAACCCCUCCAGGGCUCUGAAGAGGAGCCUUUCUGACGCUCAGUCCUCUCAGUCCUCUCAGUCCUCUCGCCGUGGCUGGCUGAACUUUAUAUAUCGAGCAUAUAUUAACACUUUGUGGCCUGCGUUUUUGUUUUUUUUCUUCCUCCUCUUCCUCUAAAAGGCUUGGAGGACUCCAUUUUGAAGGGACCGGGUGUGCAUGCAGCCAGAGAGACUCACUACACACACAGCAACUCGUCUCAGCAGGGGAAAGGAGCUGGUUCUAUCCGGGCACAACCAUUUCACUGCUUCUCAAGACGACAUUUCUGAUCAGUCUACCAGGCGCGUCAGGGAAGAAGAAGAGGAAGAGGAGGGUGAAGAAGAUGUGCCAGUUUGUUGGCACAAGUUUGGCAUGUCAUUGGUGAUGGCAGCCUGCUUUUUAUAGGUUCAUAAUUAAUGCUUUUUUAUUUUUUAGAGGUGCUUGUGUUGGUGGUUGAUUAGGUGUCUGUCAGCUCAGAUUGUGGUGAUCUUUGGAGGAGAUGCAGUGGUGACGCCUGGCAGCCUGGAGGUGCGCACAGCACAGAGCACAGAGAAACACUGACAGGCUGCAGACAGGAAACAGCCAUGCAACAGAGCAGACAUCUGCACAAGUUGUAGUUCUCAUAAAGGUGGAGGGAGGUGCUGGAGGAGCUGGAUGUGUUCUUCCAGAGGCUGCUGGACCUUUCUGCUUUAGUGCAUGUAGAGAGGAGGAGGAGGAGGGAGGAAGAGGAGGAGGAGGAGGAGGCAGUGAGGACGUUUCACAGGAUCCAGAGGCCUAGUAGUAUUGCUGCUGCUGCUGCUGGGAACUCUCCUCAUCCGCUUUCACAAAAUCGCAAAUUGGCACAUUUAGACGCCAAAAUGCGCACAUCGAGGCGCACGAUCAGGGUGGCCGACACCGGAAUGAGAGGAAGCAUGCCAGCAUGAGUGGGCCUUACCCAGGCCCUGGCAGGGAGACUCAUCAGUCCAGCUGCCCUUUGACCCCCGGCCGUGACCUCUACCCCCACUCCUGCAGUUGCACACACCUAUGGAGGAAGCAUGCCAGCAUGAGUGGGCCUUACCCAGGCCCUGGCAGGGAGACUCAUCAGUCCAGCUGCCCUUUGACCCCUGGCCGUGACCUCUCCGCCCACUCCUGCCCCUCCAGACACCAUGACCACAGGAUCGGGCUGACCAUGUCUGCCGCCUCCUCCCUCAAGCAUGCAUCCCUCUAUGGGUUCACACAUAGGGACCACUCGUCCUCCUCUUCUUCUUCUUCCUCCUACAGCCCUCUCAGGAGGCUGCAACAUCUCACCAGCAUGGUGAGCCAGCCGGACCUGGUCCUGCCGGUGAGGGAGCCAGAGAGGAGCUGGGAAUGGGGGGUGACUAAGAAGGAGAGGGGGAAGGCGAUGGAGAGGGACUCCUGGGCUGAUUGCACUAGCGGUGAUUAUUCUGGCGCCCAGAACACAAGCAGGGAGGAGAGCUUCGGUGGCUCUUCUGCUGGACAAAAACAACCAAACCAAACUAGAAGUAGAGACGUGCCAGCAGCCAAUCACAGCAGCGAGCCCAUCGUCUCUGAGAAAAAGACAGAAAGUUGUUUCUCAGGCCCGCCCAGCCCGGCCUUCUCUCUCGAUAGCAACAGCCCCUUCGCUAACGGCUUCCUCCACUUUGAAUCCUCUUUGUUUGAGGAUGACGAUGAAGAGCAGCAGACGGUGUCCCCUCUGGGAGGAGGAGGCUUACGGGACAAACACGAGAGUGCGGAGAAUGUUCUUCAGUCCGCUCCUGGACACGUGAAUUCGGACUCCAAAGACGCUACCCUGUCGUCAGCCAAGGUGGUCACCCGGUCCCAGUCCUCGGGUCAGCGCCGGAGAUACUGGGACGGCUCGGACGACGAGUGGGAGAGCGACACUGAGCUCUUCUUGUUUGGGGACUUUCCCUCAAUUCAUUCAUUGCAGAACAGCCUCAAGAAAAAGUCUUUGCCGCCUGUGAAGUUUUUAGAGGGUGAAGUUAUUUGGGCAAAGUUCAACCGAAGACCAUGGUGGCCCUGUGAGGUGACCGUUGACUCCGCACUGGGAAUCUACCACAGAUUGAAAGAGCCCAGUGACCGGCCCUGUCGGCUCUACCAUGUCAGGACCUUUGGGGAGCCCGUGGAGCUUACCUGGGUGGAGGAGAAAUCAACUCACAGUUUCCACGGAGGCUUUGAAUUUGAACAGCUCCCCCUACUGCGCCGGAGGGGGAAGCAAAGGGAGCAGAACUACAAAUACACUAUUGCAAAGCGCUAUCAGGACUCUUGGAAAUCCAGUGUGGAAGAAGCUGAAUCUGUUCUCCAAGAGAGACCCAAAAUGGUUUCCUCCAUUCCCUCGUCCAUAGAUGAUGCCUUCCACGACAGUUCCACACCAGAGAGAGAGAACAAGGCCCAUCCAACCUUUCCUCCCUCCACUUCACCCAACCUUCCUGAGACAUUGCACAUGACCAAUGGAUCCAUUUCAUCCCCAAUUACAACUCCAGCAAAGCCAAGCACUUUAAGGAAAUCUUCUGGCAAGAAGAAACCAAGUAAAUCGUCAAAAGACACGAGUAGAAAACACUCUAAAAAGACGUUGCGCAAGAGCCCUGACCAAUCAGAUAGAGACGAUGGGGAGUGCCCAUAUUCUGACCUCGACUCAGUCCCUAAGAUUUUGUGUCCUAAAGCACUUGAACGUCAGUCUAAGCUAGUUCUGACUCAGCCAUCUGUUACAGUUGUCAAAGAGGUGAAGAAGCAGCCAGAGAUUCAGAGUGGUCUUUGGUUCAGUAAAUCAGGCAAAGACAGACGACCUAAAACAACCAGUCCGGUGCCAGACCGCACUCUCUUUAGUAAGGUGCCCUGUAAGAAAAAGAACUCAUCUGUUGUAAGUAAAAAGUCACUAAUUCCUAGUGCGGCCUCCUCCAGUGGUGGGCCCAGUGACCAGUUAGGGUUGUCAGACAAGCAUAAGACUCUGGCACCUGCUGAGACGAAUAUGUCACCUGAACAAUCAGGACAUUUGAAGUGUAAAAACACCCCGGUUGCUAAUAGGCCUUUUGGUAAAACUGGCAUUCUCUCUGACCAGUCAGGGUUGUCCAAAAAGCAGAAGAAUCUAGUACCUGCUGAAACAAAUAUGUCACCUGAACAGUCAGGACACUUGGAGUGUAAAAACACCCCAGUUGCUAAUAGGCCUUUUGGUACAAUUGGCAGUCCCGCUGACGAAUCAGGAUUGUCAGACAAGCAGAAGACUCUGGUAUCUGCUGAAACAAAUAUGUCACCUGAACAAUCAGGACACUUGAAGUGUAAAAACAACCCGGUUGCUAAUAGGCCUUUUCGUAAAACUGGCAUUCUCGCUGACCAGUCAGGGUUGUCUGACAAGCAGAAAAAUCUAGUACCUGCUGAAACAAAUCUGUCAUCUGAACAAUCAGGACAUUUGAAGUGUAAAAACACCCCGGUUGCUAAUAGGCCUUUUGGUAAAGCUGACAUUCUCACUGACCAAUCAGGGUUGUCCAACAAGCAGAAGAAUAUAGUACCUGCUGAAACAAAUCUGUCAUCUGAACAAUCAGGACAUUUGAAGUUUAAAAACACCCCGGUUGCUAACAGGCCUUUUCGUAAAACUGGCAUUCUCGCUGAUCAGUCAGGGUUGUCCAACAAGCAGAAGAAUCUAGUACCUGCUGAAAGAAGUCUGUCACCUGAACAAUCAGGACACUUGAAGAGUAAAAACACCCUGGUUGCUAAUAGGCCUUUUGGUACAUCUGGCAUUCCCGCUGACCAGUCAGGAUUGUCUGGCAAGCAGAAGACUCUGGUAUCUGCUGAAACAAAUUCGUCACCUAAAAAGUCAGGACACUUGAAGUGUAAAAACACCCCGGUUGCUAAUAGGCCUUUUGGUACAUCUGGCAGCCUCGCUGACCAGUCAGGGUUGUCAGACAAGCAGAAGAAUCUAGUACCUGCUGAAACAAAUCUGUCUCCUGAGCAGUCAGGACAUUUGAAGUGUAAAAACACCCCGGUUGCUAGUAGGCCUUUUGGUACAACUUGCAGUCCUGCUGACCAGUCAGGACUGUCUGACAAGCAGAAGACUCUGGUACCUGCUGAAACGAAUUCGUCACCUAAAAAGUCACGACAUUUGAAGUGUAAGAACACUCCGGUUGCUAAUAGGCCUUUUGGUACAACUGGCAUUCCUGCUGACCAGUCAGGGUUGUCAGGCAAGCGUAGGUUGCCGGUCCCUGUUGAGACUGGUGUUCCCUCUGACAAGUGUGGGUAUUCAAAGGGUAGACAGACGGUGAGUAAUACAGCUGACACUGUUACUGGCUCACCGUCUGACCAAUUGGAUAGCCCAGAUGUUAAAAAGGCCUUAGAGCCCAGUCCAGUUCGUUUCAGUAACCAAUCCAAGUUGAGUGUAAAGAGAGUCCGUCGAACUCAUUCUCACAGAAAGGCCAAUAAAAAGGUCCAUGUAACUGAUAGGAUUUCUGACCAAGCAGAAGAAAAAGAAAGUAACAAGACUCCAACGUCCACUUUAAAUGUUGACACUACUGACCCAUUAGCAAGGCUAGAAAAGCAAAGAAGUCUGGUCUCUAAGUGUAGGCUGCCCUUUGUCAAAUUAAUACGCAAGGACAUGAAGGGUAAGAAGUUUGUAAACUCCAGUGUAACCGUUAGUCCCGAUCACCAACCUGAACAUACAAAGAAUGAGAAAACACCAGAUAGUAAUGUGACUAAAAUGUCCUCUAAACAAUCAGAUUGGGUGGACAGCAAGGCAAGUGUCUCCAUAGAUCAGGCAGUUAGGUCAGAAUCCAUAAAGGUCUCAGUGAAGAAAUUAAAAGCAAGCGGUGGGUCUGGUAUUCUUCGUCUCACAUCAGAGUCAUCAGAAGGUAAAACUACUGUUGCCUCCGAUGUGGCAAGUGUGUCUGAUGAGUUGGGUAGCCCAGAAGUGGAAAGGGUACCAGUUGCAAAUGUAAGCCCAAGCAAUGUGACUAACUCAUCCUCAAACCAAUCAGAACAGUCAGAAGGUGAGAAGACUCCUGCACCCAAUGUAACAAGCAUCUCCUCUUACCAGUUAGGCAGCUCAGAGCAAAAAAAUACAUCUGCCACUAGUAUUAAUACAACUCCUAAACCUUCUCACCGGCAUGGGAAUUUAGCAUGUAGGAAAGCUCAUGUGCCCAAAGGUCUGUGUUCUGCUAAAUCCAAGAAAGUGGUUCACAAAUCAAAGCAGCGUCCAGAUGAAGUCCAUAAAGUCCUACUCCAUGAGCAGCCUGCCCAUCUCCCAGCCAGCAGUCGGUUGAUGACCAGAGCCCUGAAGGCCAUGCAAGAGGCGGAAGAGAAGAAGCGGGAAAAAGCCCGAAAGGCGGUUGAGCAGAAAGAACUCUUAAAUCCGUACCGAAAAGCCGAGGACCUUGUCUGCAAUUCUGCACGUAACUCGAAACUGGACUUUUGCACUAAAAUGAAAUCUCUUAAAUCUCAUUAUAAUAACAUUGGCGAAAGUGAUCAGGAAUCUUUUUCUAGCUGUAGCACCCCCCCUUUGACGUGUUCUGAUUCACUUGAUAUUGAAGUUGGUGUCAAGAGUGAAGAUGAAGACCUCUCAAUAUCCUCAACUCCACCAAUGGACUUCAUACCCCUUACGUCUCGGGUAAAGGCGAAGAAGGAAGAUCGUCCUUCUGACAUGCACUCCUCGUCCUCACCUUCUUCACCGUUUUCUUUUAUGAAUGCCUUCAAAAACGUGGAGGAGGUAUCCUUCCGGUCCCUGACAAAUGAGGGUGAUGGUAAACCCGUCUCUUUCAAACCAGACACAAACUACAAGUUCAGCACUUUUCUCAUGAUGUUGAAGGACUUGCAUGACACUAGAGAGCGAGACGGGACCCCCUUGGAACUGGAAAUUGGGCCACCAAGUGCACAUGUUAAGGAGGAACCCUUAGUGAUGCCUGGAGAGACUACACCCUCAGGCCAAGGUCAACAACUUAAACAUGUUAAUAACAAUUCAAGUCCAGACAAAAUUCAAAUGAAACACAAUGAGGAGAGCACAAAUCAGAGGACCAAGAGGCCCUAUAACAGAAGGGGCAGCUCCACUGGGGUGAAAAAGAAAGCCAACCGCAAAGUGCCUUGUCGUCCUGCCAGGUCUGGACCUGGUUUCCCUGGAUUGGAGACCUUGCCAGCAAUGGACUCUUCAUCAGGAGUGGAUUGCUCAUCAAGACUCAAGUCCCUGUUUGGCAUACAGACCAGCAGCUGGGAGAGGCAGGCUGGAGGUGGUGAAGGAGUACCUUGGGAGGAGGAGGAGGAGGAAGAGGAAAGGUGGAGCAGAGUAAAUGAGAAUCUACAGAACAUGGUGCCUUUGGAGCAGAGGGGGUGCGACACUACGCUGUGUCUGGAACAGCCAAAUGGCCUUGUUGCAGACUGCACUGAGACUAACACAAGCUUGAUGCACAACACUGGAGAAGGCGACAAGGCUCCAAAAGCACAUAAACGAAUAAGAAAACCAAGCAAGAGGCUGAUUGAAUGGACUGAAGAGUAUGAUCAGAUUUUCUCCACCAGGAAGAAAACCAAAAAGCCUCUCCAGUCGAUUGGAAAGGCCACUCAGCCCGUUACGUCGCCGUCCGAACCCCCGGGAUUGGACAGCAGCGCACACGACCACCCGUCCUUGAACCUGCUUCCUGAAAUACAGACGCCACCUCCUGAGGAUAUUGCUGCAACAAUGCCCUCUGAACUACAAAUUCCCAGCACUGAAAACACAUCUCCCCAAGAUGCACCGGUGCUUUCCAUCGACACACUAACCCCGCCUCCUGAAGCUGUCCCCUCGCUGUCAGAAGGCCUCGUCAAAGGCAGCGGAAACGUUCCCGUGCUGCAGAAGAAGCGGAAGAGGAAACCCACCCAGAAGAUCCUGGAGUACUGUCUGGAGGCGGAGGCCUCGACGGGCCCCAAGAAGAAGGUCAAAACACUGAAGAACAAUUCAAAUCCUGAUCCUCUAUCGGAUUCUGGAGCGCCAUCUUUAAAAUCAAAGAGUAAGCAGCUCUCAGCGUCCUGCAGCUCCACGCCGUCCCCCACGGAGGCGUCCACCGGUUCGCCCACCGCCCCGCCUCCCAGCUCUCCUGCACCCUCCACUCCGCCCGAACCCGCCCAGGUGGAGACGACAUCAGCAGACGUUGACGGUCCUCAAGCAGAGGACAGAAAGGACGCAGCAGAGUCAGAGGGUGAGCCGUCCAGCUUGGAUCACAGCUUCUCCUCCAUGAAGGACGACCUGUUGCUGUGUGACGAUCCACUUUUACCCUCCAGGAAGAUCAUAGGGGACCGAGGAGGUCCAGCCUCCAUGAAGGAGAACAUCUGUCAGGUGUGUGAGAAGACGGGUGAGCUGCUGCUGUGUGAGGGUCAGUGCUGCGGAGCCUUCCACCUGGCCUGCAUCUCUCUGGCCGAGGCCCCGAAAGGGAAGUUCGUCUGUCCGGAGUGCAAAUCAGGCGUCCACACCUGUUUUGUAUGUAAAAAGCGCAGCGAGGACGUGCGUCGCUGUAUGAUUCCCGUGUGUGGGAAGUUUUACCACGGCGAGUGUAUCGCCAACUUCGCCCCGACCGCACCGGUGAACCGAGGCUUCCGCUGCUCCAUCCACGUCUGUCUCACCUGCUUCAUCACCAACCCCACCAGCUCGUCCAUCUCUAAAGGUCGUCUGGUCCGGUGUGUGCGCUGCCCGGUAGCCUAUCACGCUACAGACCUCUGCAUGGCAGCGGGCAGCGUCGUCCUCUCCAACAACAGCAUCAUCUGUCCCAACCACUUCAGCGCCCGCCGCGGCGUCAAGAACCACGAACACGUCAACGUCAGCUGGUGCUUCGUCUGCACAGAAGGUGGCAGCCUGCUGUGCUGCGAGUCGUGUCCUGCUGCGUUCCACCGGGAGUGUCUGAAAAUGGAGAUGCCUAAAGGCAGCUGGUUCUGCAACGACUGCAAGGCUGGCAAGAAACCUCGCUUCAAGGACAUCCUCUGGGUGAAGGUCGGCCGCUACAGGUGGUGGCCAGCGGAGGUCAGCCAUCCCAAAACCAUCCCAGAGAACAUCCAGCGGAUGAGGCACGAUGUCGGGGAGUUUCCCGUCCACUUCUUCGGCUCCAACGACUACCUGUGGACCUACCAGGCCCGGGUCUUCCCUUACAUGGACGUGGACGCCAACAGCAAGGAGAAGAUGGGGAAAGGUGUCGACGCCACCUACAAGAAAGCUUUGGAGGAGGCGGCCGUUCGAUUCCGUGAGCUGCAGGCGGAGAAGGAGCUUCGGCAGCUUCAGGAGGACAGGAAGAACGACAGGAAGCCUCCGCCGUACAAACAUAUUAAGGUGAACCGACCGAUAGGAAAGGUUCAGAUCUUCACGGCCGACCUGUCGGAGAUCCCGCGCUGUAACUGUAAGGCGGCAGACGAGAGCCCCUGUGGGAUGGACUCGGAGUGCAUCAACCGCAUGCUGCUGUACGAAUGUCACCCGCAGGUUUGCCCGGCGGGCGAGAGCUGCCUCAACCAGGCGUUCACCCAUCGACAGUACAGCCAGGUGGAGAUCUUCAGGACGCUGUCUCGAGGCUGGGGGCUCCGCUGCGUCCACGACAUCAAGAAGGGUCAGUUUGUGAGCGAGUACGUCGGGGAGGUGAUUGACGAGGAGGAGUGCAGGUCCAGGAUCAGACACGCCCAGGAGAACGACAUCUGUAACUUCUACAUGCUGACUCUGGACAAGGAUCGGAUCAUCGACGCCGGGCCGAAGGGGAACGAGGCUCGCUUCAUGAACCACUGCUGCCAGCCCAACUGUGAGACGCAGAAGUGGACGGUGAGCGGAGACACCCGGGUGGGACUGUUCGCUCUCGUCGACGUCGCUGCAGGCACAGAGCUCACCUUCAACUACAACCUGGAGUGUUUGGGGAACGGGAAGACGGUCUGUAAAUGUGGAGCGCCAAACUGCAGCGGCUUCCUGGGCGUCAGACCAAAGAACAACCCUCCGUCUGACGACAAAGGCCGUAAGCUGAAGAGGAGGGGCAAGAGGAAGAACAAGGCGGUGGUGACCAAAGAGCGAGAGGACGAGUGCUUCAGCUGCGGAGACGGAGGACAGAUGGUUUCCUGUAAGAGACCCGGCUGUCCCAAAGUUUACCACGCCGACUGCCUCAACCUCACCAAGAGGCCUGCAGGUCGUUGGGAAUGUCCGUGGCACCAGUGCGACAUCUGUAACAAGGAUGCGGCAUCCUUCUGCGAGAUGUGCCCCAGCUCCUACUGCAACCUGCACCGCGACGGCCUGCUCUUCAUCUCCAAGCUGGACGGCAAGCUGUGCUGCAGCGAACACGACCCCUGUGGACCCGACCCGCUGGAGCCGGGCGAGAUCCGCGAGUACACGCCCGAGCCCAGAGCCCUGACCUCGGGGCUGGGCAUGGCCGUCAUCCCCUCUGCUGCUUCUAACACCACCACCACCACCACAACCGGUCAGAGCAUGCCCGCCACCAAGGUCCAGGAGAUCAGCGCCGGCGCCGGCACGUGUGCCUCCUCCGAGUCGUUUUCCAUCCCGGUACCCAUCACUAUCCCCGUCGCCGGCGCCACGCCCGCCGCCUCCUCACCCCCGCCCUGCAGCAGCUCCGACGCUCCCAGCAGCACGCCGGUGUACGACCUCCCGCACUACUCACCCAUCUCCUCGUAUGAGGAGGAGAGGGAUGUCUUAGAUGAGGAAGAGGAGGAGGAGGACGAGGAGCUGGAGGAAGUGGAGGAGGAGUCUGAGGAGGAAGAAGAGGGCGAGGUGGGGAGGCAGAAAUCCGAAUCUCACGAAGAGGAUGGAGACGAGGUGAUGGAAUAUCUGGAGAUCAAAGAGGACGAGGAGGAGGAUGAAGAGGAGGAGGAUGAGGAGGAGGACGAUGAUGAGGAGGACGACGAGGAGGAGGACGAGGAGGACGAGGAGGAUGAAGAGGAGUGACGCUCAGGCAGCGAGCCCUCUCAGUGAAGAUUAACCAAUCACAUGUAGCCCAGUCUGUCACUGUCUGUAUCCAACGAGCAGGUGGAUGUACGGAGGCAUUUUUAGGACAAAACUAAAUCAACACAUAAAAUAAAACCCAACUAAAUCCUGUAUAGAAGCAUAUUUAUACACACACAGAUCCUAUUGAUUUAGUUCUGUCCUAAUAAUCGGUUCAUGAACACAGUGACUUUGCACACACUGGCGCUGACUGCACCUUCAUAUGGGAGAUCUGACAAAGAGAAUUAUCUGGAACUUGAACUUUAUAAAAACACGUUUCACUCAACGAUAUACUCCGUUUCUCACCGACUUCACCCGCUGGUUUUGUUCUUUUGGUAUUUGUUCUCAGUAGUAUUUCAGCAAGUGGACCUGCAGUGUGUGUAGCUGGAGAGAUCAGUUGUUGUCUCUGCAGAGCCGGUGUGUAUACUCUCUAGGUGUUUCGUGCUAGAACAGACCGCACUGUGCUGUAGCUUCCUGUCGAGGUGCUGAAGGGCGAACUAAACGACCUUGACUCGGUUACAUUUGAAUCAAAUGGUGGCCACAUGAAUUUAACCGUGAAUGAAACCAGUUUCAAACAUGAACAUCGCUUCCAAAUGAAACACAACCAGCUCCUUUGGUUAUCCGUCUCCGGUUUCAUCUCGACGCCUCGGAUAAUUUGACGGUGCUCCGACAUCAGACGAUAAAAUGUGAAAAAGUGCCACGCGAUUGGGUGGAGCCGGGUGGAGCCCCAACAUGAGUUCACACGACAACGAGAAGAUUUAGUUUUGGACGAAGGCUGCCAGUGGAAAUCCUCUAAAUUUGACCAGAUAAAAAGAGAAAGGAUCUCAAACUGAGGAGGACUGUGAAUACUCUUCAUGCCUCGGAGAAAGUCUUUAUAGGAGGCUGUCUCUUGGUUAUUUAGCGGCUCCAUGAGGAGACCGGUUGGACGCUCCUGAAGCUCAUCACAAAGGUCCGUGUGAAUGCAGAGAUAGUUUGCUCCGGUGUGUACGCUGUGCUCUGUAGUCAUUAUUUAUAUACUGUUCUGUGACGCACAAACGAUGAAGAUGAGGAGAGUCGUCCUGACUCUCCGUCGAGGGGAAACAAAAAGGUCUUGGAUUGAAACGACGGACUCCUGCCAUGACGCUUGCACUUCAGUAUGUGUUUCUUGCCACACGUUGUUAUCGCUCUCGUGUCUUCAAGCUUAAUAUCGUCUGUGUGUUCUCUGCCGAAGCCUUAGAGUGUAUUUCUUUGGAGAUAUUUUUUAAGGAAUGGAGUGGCGGGCGGCCUCGUGAGAGCCAAGGUGUCCCUACUAAUGCCUUUUUACAGUUGCCCAACAAGCAAUGUUUCAUUCCAGUGUAAUUAUGACCUGUUAGAUCUCAACCAUUGACCUGUUAAAACAACUGCUAUAUAUAUAAAUAUAUAAGAAAAAGAAGUUAUGAAAUAA